AUGGAGGAGUUUUUUGGGUUUUCAGACGCGCCGGUUGCUCCUGGCCACGUCUCCGAGGAGGCUCUGUUCUUUGGCUUUGAUGACGCCUCCGCUAACCAGCCGCAGCCCCCCGUCUCCAUUCCAUUUCCAGUUAUCAACCAAGUCGCGACCAUCCCAAGGUUUCAGGAGUUCCAAGAGUUCCAGGAGUAUGACUCGCCAGAGCUUCGGGCAGCCAGGCAACCCAAGUUCCUGGAUCCAGCACUAUUUGUGGGCCCUGGGAGAGAGGACGUCAUUCAUGAUGUGGUGAUAGAUGAGGCAAAGUACGACUUCGGCUACGACCUUGACUACCUGCGAGAAACCACAGAUGAGAUGAAGACCGAAGAGGACGAGGAGGACAUAAUAAGUAGGCUUCCCUACGGCUUUUCCUCCAACUACACAUACAAGGACGAUAUGGCAGAUCUUAUGCGUAGCAGCCCUGUGAAAGACAUUGUUCUCCCCCGGGUUGGUGUCACUGUAGAGUGCUCCGACAGUGACAUGGAAGCAGAAUUCAACCGUCUGCAAGCUAUAGACUUCAACGAGAAGCGCAAGGACAUAGAACAGAUGCUUCGCAUUCGUAGAGAGCAGGAGCACCAGAGAAGGCAAGAGGAAGAGCAAGAACGACUGCGGCAAGAGGCCCUUAAAGCUCAGAGCUCAGUUCCAUCCCGGAUCCCCUCUAUUCCGGCCGCCGCCCCAUCUGCCACUAUUGCCUCUGAUAGAGCAGUCGGACCUGCUGCCGUUCCAAGCCUUCCUCCCCUGUCUCAGCCAAUGGUUGACGUUGCUCCGCAGCCAGAGCCCCAGCCAAUUAUGGAUCUCCUGAUAGCUCCAAAGGCAGUGGAGGCGGUGUAUGCCCCGUUACAAGCUACCCCUGUACAGCCUAUCCAUACCCAAUCUUCCAUUUUAGUGCCAUCAGCUCCACCAGCGGCUACUCUGGCCCCUCAAGUAUGCUCUAUUGAGCAACCUCCCUCAGAGGAUCCUCAGCUAGAGGAAAUGUUCGGAUUCCAGUCACAACCCGAUAUUAGUUACUCCCCAGAAGUCAAGGAUCUAGAUAAGAUAGAGCCAGACUUGACCGCAGAUCCUGCCACAAAUCCGGUUAUCGUGGACCAGCCUGUCUCAAAGUCGUGGAGCGCAAGAGGAUCGAUACAGCAGCAGCUAGACAAUCUACAGAGCGAAAUAAAGCAACUAGAGCAAGACUCCAUGUUUUCUAAAGAAGAUAGAAAGCGGAGCAGACACGCAGAAGCCCGUAAAUAUCUCGAAACCAGAACAUAUACAGACAACUACGACGUUUUCAGACCGUCGCACCAUCUACAGAAGUACUAUGCAGCGAAGAAGCCAAAACCAAAGCCAAAGGAAACCAUUUAUUCCCCAUACUCAGAGACGGAGCUAUCGAACCAGCGCAUGCAAGUGCGAGCAGAGCUGGAGGCUCAGAAGCACAAAGAGCAGCGGGAGCGCAACUACUACGAGAAAAUUGAGAUCAAAAGGCUAACAGCCAUGUACUCCAAGCUCGAAUCUGAAUUAACCGUCAAAGCCAUCAGUGAGGAGCUUGCACAAGAAAAACGUCAGGAAUUUGAAAAGUACUUCAAGAGCGCGUCCCUCCUUGAAAAGAGCUCUGACAUGUACACCAGCACACACGAUGAUAAGACCAUACGCAUACAGGUAUCUGAGCAUAACGCUUUGCAUCUCCCCCGGUCCCUCUUCUUCACCCCUGAUGGGAAGUAUAAAAACUACGUUAGAUACCUGGACUAUAGGAAGGUUUUCGACCGCUUCACGCACACGCAGGUCCUUAUGUUCAUAUUCGCGGUGUCCUCGCAGGAGCGAAAGUUGAAGUGCAUUUCCAAGACUUACGAGGACUUUCAUGUCCUUCACAAGGAGCUUGUGGGGGCCUUCGGGUACUCAGCAGUACCUGGGCUUCCCUCCUUCCGAUCCAUGAACAUGGGUGGCGGUAGACAUGAGGUCAUUCAUGACACUCAAAAGAGACUAACCAAGUACCUGACUGAAAUCAACAACGUCCAGGCUCUGCGCACAUCCGCCAUCUACAGGAGCUUCCUCAAGCACCAGGACCUCAACUUUUUCCAGGGGAUGCAUCGCCACUAG